AUGCGCACGGUUCGCGUCCUCCUCCUUGUUCUGCUGUGCUUCCUCGGAGCACACUGUGCGGAGGAUGUCACAAGCUUCGGUGACGGGCUCUCAGUGGCGAGUGCUGGGAGCGUUGCCAUGUUCGUGCUCAAGGCGACUAGCUCUGACGGCGAAAUCGCCAGCGCUGCAGUGAGGGCAUCAGGGUCUUGGUGUCUUGAGACCUGCACCCCCUGGUCCCUGCCGCAUGUCUUGUCUGAUGUUGGUGAGGGAGAGGCGAGUAUCGAGUACAUGGCGCCGACGAGGAGCGGUAUGUACACGCUUGUCGUGCUGGUGAGGGUGCAGAACAGGACGGACCUCUCAUCGACUGAGAGCGAGGUCCUCAUGACCCUCCAAGUCCUGCCGCAACAGGCAGUUUGGCAUACGACGAAGUUGAUGCUGAGCUCGCAAACGACCGGGACGAGAUGCCCCAAGGGCUUCUACCUUGUCAGCGAGCGAUGCCUGCCCUGCAUUGAAGCGAGCUUGUGCCAGGGCACCGGGUAUCAAGUGACAGCGGGAAGCGUUCCCGUGCUCGUAUCCUUCGCGGACCCGUACGGCAACCCGGCCAUGAGGAGCGAGGUGACGGUCGAGGGACUCGUCCUGCUUGCCAACGGCUUCGAGCGACUGCUGGGGAACGAAGCCCUGAGCUUGCAGGAGGGGCCGAACAUCAGUGUCUCCCGCGUUCACCUCAAUGUCCAGCAGAGCGGGAACCUGACUGUCAGCGUCCUCCUCCUGUCCCAGCAUGUUGCUGGGAGCCCGUUCACGGUGGAGGUCGUCCCAGGGGAGGUUGACUCGGAGACGAGCCUGCUGAGCGUCCAGCAAGCCUACAUGACAGCUGGGCGAGAACUGGAGGUGGCCUUGCAGAUGUUGGACACGUUUGAGAACCCUGUGUCUGACCGGCAGGUUGUCAACACGUGCAGCUUCCGCCUCUACCUUGUCUUGUCGCCACCCGCAGCUCUCUUGCCCUCCCCUUCCUCGUCUGACUCCUCCUCGUCUUCCUCCUCCUGCCAGACCUUCGUCGUUCCUUCACAGGACUCCGCUGCCCUGCGGCUCUGCGGCUACCAGGGCCCUGCAGGAGGCGGAUGCCUCUUCUCGUGCUCCUGCGAUCGAGUCGGGGAUGUCAACAUAUCAGCCGUUCUUUCCUUUCCUGAUGGACGGCAGGAAGCGAUCAAGAACUCUCUUACCCUGCAGGUCAGGCCCGGACUACCCAACGCGCUUGCCACCAGCAUAACAGGAGCAGCGCUAUCGCUCGCUACCUGCGGUGCCGUCAGCGUGUUCUCCGUCUAUCCGCGCGACAUGUUCGGCAACCUACGGCAGGAGGAGGCAAGCCCAGCAGCAACCCAGCUCCUCCCUGACUCAUCCUGCAGGAGCAGCGCGGACGUGCUCUUCUCCAGCAGGGGAGGGGAGCACGUGGGCAGCUUCAACGUCACAUGCUCGGGUUCCUACCUGCUCGCCGUCAAGCUCGGCGGCUUCCUCCUCAUCCAGCAGAAGGAAUUUCUCGUCCGGAUCCUCCCCUCGUCCGUCUGUUCGUCCUCGAGCUUUGCUCAAGGGACCGGGCUCACUCUCGCUACCGCUGGGCUCGAGGCGAACUUUGCGGUCCAUCUGCGCGAUCAGUUUGGCAACGUCGCCUACACUCCAACAGAGAAUUGCAGCAGCCUAACGUUUCGCCUUUCACCUGACGUGUUGGUGGAGCUACCACUCGACAAUGCCGGACUGGGGGGCGAGGAGGAGCAGGAGGACAACGUCAGGACGGUAGGGUACACGAGCUUCAUAGCGGGAGGGUACAACGUCAGCCUCCUCUACUGCCUCCUCCCUCUGCGCUCGACUGAGGGGCUGGCGGCUGCGGUGAAGGAGCAGAGAGUGGACAGGGAGGUCACCACUGCCACUGCUGGACAAGUUUACACCUUCACGGGACACCUGCUCGCUACCUACCGUGUCAAGGCGGCGAGGUGA